AUGCCCCAACGAAUCCACAAUUCACAUAAAGAUCAACUCGAGCUUAUAUUCUACACUGCUUUUAUCGCCCACCUUCAGCACUGGGGAGGAUUAAUUGGUCCGGACCUUGAUCCUAAUUAUUGUACAAUGAACACCACAGACCAACUUGAUGCAAGAUAUAAAAUCCUGGACCAAUUUAUAAUGGUACAACGAAAAUAUGUCUAUAAACGCUAUAUGGAAGUAUGCGAAACAGAACAAAGCAAAAUAAAGCUUGAUGAAAUUGGAAGUGUUUUUGGCUUUAAAUAUGACACAAAGCAUAUUGAACCUAAUAAUUUAAUGUACUUGAAAGGUACUGCCGAGAAAAGACUAACAUAUACCAUUCGCGUUGCCAUGUCUAAUUUAUUCGGUGAUCCUAUAUAUCCUGAUAAAUGUUUUAGUAUUGAUCUGUCUGUGUAUGAUAUGUUUCACAGCAAGCUAAUCCUCAAAGCGUGUAGGGAAACAGGAAUAGAAAAACCAUCUUCACUUGAAUUUUUUAAUUUAAGUGAGGAUAACCUGAAAUUAGAUAAGUUAAAAUUAGAAUUUAAUAACUUGGUUGCCUUUUAUGCUGCGUUGCCUACCGUUGAAGACAGGGAGGAAUAG